CGUGACCAGGGAAGGGGGAGUAUGUGAACUGUAUCCUGAGUUGCAGUCCUGUGCCUGCAUUCCUCUCAUCUAGGAUUAACGUUAGCUUGAAAGGGGGGAAAAAUCAUAAAUAAUAACAGACGCAGAUUGGAAUACGGCGCUGAAGCAUCUGUUUUCAAUCAGGAUCGACGUUUUAAAGGGCGUGAAAUCCCUGGAUGAUCGCGGAACUGGAUCUGUUUUUGUUUUGUUUUACGUGAAGCGCCUAUAUAAAGGACACACAAACGAGAGGAAAGUAAACAGAUACGUCGUUUUUAAUUCGCGUUAAACGGGAAAACAAGAUGGCUGAUGAGCGAUAACAAGGGCCAAACGAUAUCCUCUCCUUUAAGAGCAACAAAGGUAUCUGGCUUUAAUACAUAAAUAUUUCAGGCGAUUUCGCUUCGUCAAGAUAAAAUACACGACAUCGGGCUCUAAAAAUGAAUGCAAUCCGUGUCUGGUAAGUGCGGCCAGGUAAACAUCAGGCGAAACAUGGACAGGGAUCAGGUUGAGGAUCAUUCUGUAAUGUUUAACCAGCACAGAUAGCGAGAGAAUAUCUUUGAUCAUGAUAAAAUCGCAGCUCUUUGUGGUUUAAAUGCACGAGAGCAUGUCGCCAUGCAUGUAUACGCGUCAAUUGCAUGUUCAUUCAAAGUCGUGUCAUAAUAGAUAAAAAAUAGUCUUUCUAGUUCUACCAGCUGCCUGUCUUGUUAUUGCAGGGGACAGAAAUCCUAUCGAUAUAGUGUUACACGGGCAGUACAGAGGCUCAGGUCUACUUUAUUAUAUUCCAGCAGGGCAGAUGUCAUGUGCACAAAUCAAACGCGUGAUCGACUGCUUCAGUGAGCGACUCUACAGCUGCUUCGAGGACUUGUGGCGUCACCCUUUUCCUGUUUAAACUCUGAACAUUACUAUAUGCUUCCGAUGAUAAGACAUUUUCAUGUUGAUUUAACUGAUCUUAACUUGACUGACACUGGAUAUUAGACGAUGUAGUAGCCUUUAACUAGUAGUUUAGUUAUCUUUUAGCGGAUAGUUGGGCAUCUGUCACUGAGACAUCUGUCUCGGGUUUGAUUUGGGCGCCCAAUAAAAGGUAUUUACAGGUAAAGUAACAUUUUUAAUAUAUAAAUAUAUAUUUUAAAUAAUAGUAAUUCAUUCAGAAUGUUCAGAAAUUUCGUAAAACUAACACCAUGGUUAUAAUGAUUUUUCAUAAUAGCCUUUUAGAUUAGUUAAGGAACGUAAUAUUCUGUCAUGUUUCGCACGCUCUAAAUGAUCACAUCAUAAUUAGCGUUCUGUUGUCGAUAGAUCGUCGAAGUUUCUCUCGUUCUUAAAAAGAACCCUGAACGCCUGAAGAUUCCUUCUUUCACGCCCGUCUGUGGUAUUUGAUUGCUGACGAACUGUGCCAGGAGCAGAAACGCUCCCUUGGCAUGUUUGGGUCUGAUCUGCAGCUGUUUCUCUGGGGCUUCUGUGCUCGUAUGGUCUUCAUCUACUGAGCUAACACUUGGAUCUAAAUGAAGGAGUCACGAGAAUGAGCAUAACUUUGUUGGGAAGGUGCUAGAGCUUGAUGUUUGCCAACUCAAAACUGGAUGUCUGAUCAACUGGUUGAGAUGGCUGAGAACUGGUGGAACUGCUUCGAGGAGGAGCUCAUUUGUCCCAUUUGUUUGCAUGUGUUCGUGGAGCCCGUGCAGCUGCCGUGCAAACACAACUUCUGCCGGGGCUGCAUCAGCGAGGCCUGGGCCAAAGACACGGCCAGUGUGCGCUGCCCGGAGUGCAACCAUGCAUACAACCAGAAACCCAACCUGGAGAAUAACAUCAAACUGACUAAUAUUGUAGAAAAGUUUAACGCGCUGAACGUCGAGAAAGCUCCGGCCGUGUUGCAUUGCAUUCUGUGCAGGCGAGGGCCUCCUCUUCAAGCGCAGAAAGUGUGUCUUCGUUGUAAUACACCGUGUUGCCAGUCUCACAUCCAGACGCAUCUCCAGCAGCCCUGUCCAGCCCCUGGACACCUCCUGGUGGGGGUUGAGGAGGUGCAGGCCUGGAGCUGCUCGCACCAUGAUGAGUACAGACUCUAUCACUGCGAUGUGGAACAGGUGGCGGUCUGCCAGUACUGCUGUUUCUCCAGAUGUGCGCCCAAACACGGCCAAGCGGUGUGCGACGUGGAAGUGCGACGCAAUGACAUCAGGCAUAUGCUAAUGAAGCAGCAGGAUCGCAUUGACGAUAGAGUGAAAGACAUCGAGGAGCAGCUGUAUAAGUUAGAGUCUGACAAACUCCUGGUGGAGGAUAAGGUCCGGCAGCUGAAGAAGGAGGUGCGUGUGCAGUAUCACAAAAUGCACCAGCUCUUAGAAGAUGACCUGGGGAGAACUCUAGAGGUGCUGGAUAAAGCACACUCCAAAUACUGCCAGGAGAACUCGACCCAAACCCUGCAGCUCAGUGAGCGCCGUCAGGAGGCCAAGAAACUGCUCAGCUCUGUCCAAGUUGUGUUUGACAAGGCAGAGGAUAUUAACAUUAUGAAGAACACAAAACCAGUGAAAAUACUCAUGGACAGAUCUCAGUCAAGCACCGGCAGUGUUCUGCCUCCUUGUAAAGUGGGUCAUCUUAAUUCCAAAAUAUUCCUGUCUGAAGUCUCAAAAAAGGAAAAGAACUUGAGAAAAAUACUGGAAGCACCAUUCAGUACUCCUGCGCACUUCCUCCAGAGCAUUUCUGUCCACCCCUCCAGUGUGAAUACCUCUGGGGGGGAGAAACGCAAACACCCCACGGCCUUCCCUGAAAGCAGCACCAGCCUGCUGGAGUCCUCGUCAGGCCCCAUGAGCAAACAGCAGUUCCUGGCUCAAGGCUCCACCUCCACAGACGGGGCGAUGUCGCAGCCGCCCAUGGUUCCCUGUAGCUCCACCCAGCACAUUGUAGGCCUCAGCAGUAGCAGCAGUGCCCAGUCUGUCCAUCAUUCCAGUUCAGUUUUUACUCCUGCUGACUACCCCAACCCCAGCUCGUCCCAGCAGGCCAUGCUGCCGCAGUACGGCGGCCGUAAGAUUCUCAUGUGCACGAUGGACAACUGCUACUGCUCUAGUGUCCCCUCCAUAUCGAACCACCGUGGCCAUCCUUCCUACCCGCGCUCUGGAUCUUUCCCUUGGACACAGGACUACACCCACCCCCUGCCCUCCACGCCCUCAAUGUCCCAGCCUCUCCAGGGGCUCUCCAUGCAUGACUGGAUCGAUGCCUCACAGAGCCACAGGCACCCUGAUUUCUAUGGAUUGUACGGCCAAUCUUCCACUAAACCAUACGUCACCAGUUAACUUCCACUGCAUCUCUGGUUUAUCUCCAAUAACUCGCCCAUUUCCUUAAGGUUCGGUCACAUUUGCGAAAUUUUGCGUGCAAAAACAAGUCCAUUGUCAAAUGCAUAGAGAUGUAUGAAGCACAGCUCGCAAAGAAGUCAGUUUCAAACCAGACAAAUCUGCAUGACCAACUUGAACAUGAGCGAAAUCUGUGUGGGGAAUUUAUUUUGCCCUUGAGCGAAAUUCCCAAUUGCGUGGAUUCCUAUUGCAAUGACUGGAUUUUGCCAGCAAAAUUUGGCCAAACAACGGCAAAUGUGACCGCACCUUUAGACCUUUUUCCUGCCUGUCUUUCAAAAUCAGGAUUGUUAUCAUCACAAUCAAAAGGACAGCACUUUUUAGCAUGCAAUGCAAACACUGAUCUCUUCCAACUUAAGCAUUAACACCUUUUCUGUCCCGGUGUAAAACAUGAGGGAAUCUUUCUUUUAGAAAUGUGGAGGCGGAGUUUUUAAAAUUUCAAACAGAUUUUGGAUCAAUCCUGACCCAGAUCAGAUAAUGAUCGCUUGUAAAUGGAGUUAGUUUUAACUCCUUUCACCUCCCCUCUUCCUAUUAUUAGGGCAUCUGGAAUCUGGUUGGUUGUUAGUUUUAUUAAUAGAAGAUGGGAAAUAUUAAUAUGAAAAAAAGAGACUCCGAGUGUGUUUAUUAUUUAUCAUAUUUCACUUCUACUGGACCUCAAGGUUUUAGGCUUAAGUUUCUGCUGAACCACUCCGCAAGUCCGAUUACGGUUUAACGUGUUACUUACAUUCCUUAUAGAGGCCAGAGCAUCUUGUUUUUUCUGUUAUAUUUAUAGUUAUGUAUUAAUAUUUUUCAUAAAUUUUCGGUAGGUUGGAAAAGAUCAGUACAUAAACUCAAUCCAGAUACUUUGGAGGCUUCCACCAAGCAUGUCAUGAGCUAGUUCUUCUGGAUUCUGCUUCUUGUCAGAUAAUGUUUCUUCCUGCAUUCAAGCACAUAUAAGCAUGUUCAGGAUGAUUGGGGCCUACACACACCUCUCAGUCUUAUAACGGUGUAGAUAUUCUUCCUGGUUUGGUCCAUGAUGGUGAAGCCUGAUGGGGUCUGUGGUCACCAUGUAACACUGAUUGUCAUGAACAUGCUGAAACACUUCCUGUUUGUGAUUGUAGGCAUACAGGAAAGCCUACCUGUGCACUCAGAACUCCAAGAGACUCGACUGAGUGAGACUAGAGGACAGUUGGUGACAUUUUUUCACAUAUUUUAUACAAGAAAAGAAAACUGAAUGGACUGCAUACAUUUGGAAAUUGAAAUAAAUGUGCUUCAAAAGAGUAUUAAAUCCUGGUUUAAACUAAAGUGUACGCAAUCUCUUUUGUAAUCGUGUAAUGUAGGUUUCUUUUUGCUGGUAGAACUAGAAGUUAUGACUUAGGUUCUAGAUCACGGCCUCAGUAAACCUCUAAUCAUGACUGAAAAUAAGACAAAACAAGAACUUAAAGCAGGUUGCAAGUAAAAUUCAAGAUAUUUUUUCUUGGAUGAACUAGGAUAUAUAAGAAGAACCCUAAUUAAAAGUUGGAUUUUUAUUAUUUUAUUUGUUUAACAUGGAAAGGUCAUGCAAAUUAAUAAAACUGAUCCACAGGCCUUUCUGUACUGUU